AUCUGAAAAUAUCUGUUUAGGAUGAGAGUGACACUCGAUAAGACGCGGCCCUGACCACGAAUUUCUCGAGAUUUAACCCUCCGGCAAAGGGCGUGGGCGGCGUUGCUUCGGUCUCGGGGCUGAGAUAAGGAGAGGAGAGUCCCGUGAGCACAUCGUUGGGACUUAGAUCAUGAGGAGAAGGAAAUUGUCGAGUGUGAAAUCUUGAGAAAGACAGUGUUGUUGUUUUUUUUUUUUUUUAAGCAGUGUUUUUUUUUCUCCCCCUCCCCCCCGUCCCCCGGAAUACUUCGAGAGAGAUUUAUCGUAUUUUUCCAUACCUGUACCGGAUCUUUCUUUCCGUUUUAUGCCUCAUUUUUAUUAUUAUUCUCCCCGGGCUCUGUAAUAUAUAACCUCAGGUGUCGAGGGAACAUUGGAUUAAUAUGAACAGGAUUUUCGUGUCAAGGUGAAGAUGUUUUGGAAGUACAAUUUUAGCUCCUCUGCGCAGAUAGAGACUCUCCUGCAAAAGGAAGAUGUCACUUUAUUCGAGCUUAUGGACGAGGAUGAGCUCCUCCAGGAGUGUAAAGCGCAGAAUAGAAAACUUAUAGACUUUUUGACUCGAGCUGAAGUCCUUGACGAAAUGGUGUACUUGGUAGUAAAUGAGCCUGCGGCAGAGGGUGAGAUGCAAAUGCGGUUUAAGUAUGCUAACCUUGCUGCAGAGCUACUCACAGCAGAUGUGCCAGCUAUUAUUGAUAAGUUGGUGGCUUCAACCAGCCUCUUAGAUAUAUUGUACAAAUUUCUAGAGAAAGAGAAGCCACUUAAUCCAUUGCUGGCAUCCUUCUUCUCCAAGGUUCUAGGCAUGCUGGUUCAGCGUCGCUCCGAACAGAACUGGUAUUCCUAUCAGUUCACUUGCUUCCAGGUAUUGGACUUUUUAAAAUCCAAAGGUGAUUUUGUUGAACUGGCUGUACAACAUGUAGGGACCUCAGCUAUUAUGGAUUUGCUGCUCAAACUUAUCUGUAACGUUGAGGAGGACGAAAUCCGGCAGAGCGUGCAUCAGUGGUUGAAUGAGGGCCAACUAGUAGAGCGGCUAGUAGACAAGUUAUCACCAGAUGCCGACCCAGAGGACCACUCCAGUGCCGACAAUCUCCUGUGCGAAAUUAGCACAUCCUGCAGGGACACAUCCACUGACGGACACCAGCAGACUAAUCCUCUUCUGGCAACUCUGGAAAGUGAAGACACAGUAAAUAAAUUGCUAGAUUUACUCCUCCAUGAAGACCGGAACGACUCUUCACUUUCGCACGUGAUCAACAUCCUGCUUACUCUUCUGUCUGCUCGAACACAGCAGCAGCAGAUUCAGCAUCAACAGCAACAGCAACAAGGGUUGCAACAGUCUGCAUCCGUUGAUUCAAGUGAUAGUGAAUCAAGUGACGGGAGGAAAAAUGCUGUUGCAAGAAUUAUUGCCAAACGUCUACCAAGUCUUCAAAACAUUCUACUACACCCACCCAAGAAAGGGUUGUUACUGACUGCGUAUGGCCAGGAAGUGGAGCCCCUUGGAAAUACCCGCCUUCAAGUCGUGACUCUGGUCGCUGCUCUGGUUGUCGUGAAUGACCCUGUUGUCCAUAAUUCGCUCUAUGAACUUAAUACAGUUGAAUAUCUGUUGGACUUGUUUUUCAAAUUUAUGCUGAACAACUUCUUACACACCCAAGUGGAGCAGUGCCUGACCGCCAUUCUUACAAAGGCUCCAGCAGCAGCCUCUCCAGAAGGCGACACAGACCAUCGGUUGCUCACGCAGCUCUUCAAUGAGGGACGCAUCAUUGAGCGCGUGGUAGAGGCUUUCGACGAGUCCAGUGAAAGACAAGAAUGCAAACAGAUACACAAUCUUAAAGGUUACAUGGGUCAUUUACGACAACUGUCUAACACUAUUGUACAGCAAGCAGAGUUUGGUCCAAAUGAACACCGCAUAAAGCAGCUAAUACAGGGCCUGCCUGGGGAUAAAGCCACCCAGUGGGACGACUUUGUCUCCAAUGCGCUGGCAGAACUUAAUCGCAAGAACGAAAUAACUCCUCUUCCGUGGAUCCACAUGCUUAGUGGUAAUACUACUGCCGGAGAGCAUGAUUGGGGUUUGGCAACGGUUGAGGCAGACGAGACAGACGAGAGCCCACAGGUCCUGGAGGAAAAGCAGGAAGAAAGAGAGGAAGAAAAUGAGGUGGAGGAGAAAUGGACCCAGAAACCAGAUCAUGGCUUCAAGGAAAUGGAUAUGGAUGUCAUUGGCGACUUCCGUUACGCAGAUGAUGAGUUCAAAGAUCCAGAUGAUAACCUAAGCGGACCUCUUCAGCGCCUCACCACUCAAGCCCUGGCACUCUCUGGGGCAUCAGGGCUGGGCAGCGGCGCCCCGGCAGCGGGUCAGGCAGUCGACGGAGGGGGGGAGGCAGGCGUGGGCGAGGACCACGACCUCUUCGAAGAAAUGUGUUCAAAUCGUUUGCAUCACAUGAAUGAGUUUGAUGACAUGUGGAAUGACAAGGAGAAAGAAAUCACCUUCAACCAAGAAGCAGUCCUAGCAGAGAACAAUGCAAAGGAGAAGGAAUCCUGUUCAAGUUCCGAUGACGAGGACGAGGAAGAAGGCAUCAGAGGGUUGUCUUCAGGAGAAACAAAAAUGGAAGUGGAUCCUGAUGAUUGGGCUGAGGUGUUCGACAAGCGAGGCAGCGGGGGUGAAAAUGGAGGGGACGAACCUGUGAAUCCCUGGCAGUCAGCGCCCAUGUCUGACACCUCGGAAAACAGUGGCUGGGCAGACUUUGGUGGAAGUGGCUUUAGUGGUAGUGGUCCUGCUGACUGUUUUGCACAACCUAUCCACAAGGCUGAGACAUUUACCGCAGAUUUCAGCUCUAACUUUGGAAGUACCGUGACUCAGGAAAACAGCUCAACUCCCGCUGUUUUUGGUGAAACUGCUGCUUCCAACCAAGAGGCCUUCAAAGCUGACUUCUCAAAUAUAAACUUUGAUGCAGGAUUUGAAGCUAACUGUGAUGAUAAGAGUGCAGUCACUUCUACAGGGGACCCUCAGAAUAGCUUCCUAUCAUCUCGAGGGCUUAUGAAGAUGAGUGGUGAGAACGCAGGUAUCAGUGAAGCAGGUACAACGCACGCCAUUCCCAGUGAAAAUGACGAGCAAACCUCAGGACCACCAAGCCCGCCUCAGGAAGAGACAAUACCAGAACCUACAGCACAAAACUAGUUUCCAGACAAGGCUGAGGAGUGGGAGGGUCAACUGUAUGAGGAUGUAAAAAGAAAGUGGAACAGCCACAACAGCUCAGGACUGCGAUGCCUGAAAUGUACUUCCAAUUCAAAAUGCUCUCGAUAACCUCACAGAAACUCCCAUGGAAUUGCCUUUGUUUAGUUUUGUAUUAAUCGUAAUGGAUGUUGUCUCGACACAAACCACCCAACAGUCAUUGUUUCAUGAAUAUUAAAGAGUUCCAGUGGCUUAGUGAAAUGGAAUCCAGACUUCGCUUGUACGUGGUCGAGUUUUAAAUGUUAUGGUCUUAAAGAAAAAAAAGAGUGCAUCUGUGGAAUUAAGGAGAUAGAUUUGGUUUCACUGAGCCACAUUUUUAGAUGUAUUAUGCAGUUUAGGGGAAUGUGCCUAGACAAGUUACACAGGAGAGUGGAGAUUUUUUUUUUCUCCCUUUUCACGUACUGGGUAACUUGCCAAAUCGUACUUGUUUAGAUAUUUUAUUCAAUGCCCUGUUGCUCAUAAAACAGUAGUAUUCUUUAUUGGUUUUUAAUGACUAGGAAAUAUACAGGUCUGAAAAUAGAUCAAAAACGAAUUAUACACGUCCACACUAGUGAUACAACUCCUGUCUUUUCAUUUUCCUUUCUUUCGUCAUUUUUCUUUUUUCUUUUUUUUUUUUUCUCUUCAUUCUCUUUUAGAACUUUUGCAACUGAGAGGAUCAGGAACUGUGUUUGUUCCAUAUAGAUUGCUGGAGUAAACCUGUUUGUAUUAGUGAGAGUAUAAUAUCCAGGAUAUUUCAUAAAGGCUGUACUGAUCUUCGAUUCAAAUCUGAACGAAAGAAUUCUUCACUUGAGCUGACUUUGGGUAUUUGCCUUGCGUAAAGGAGUCCUGGCUAUUGAAAAAGUUGUGAUAAAAGUGAUGCAGUAUUUGACUUUUCAUUUUUGAGUAGCCUUUUCACUUGUCAGUAUGUCUCUCUCUUAUUUUUUCCUUUUUUUUUUUAUAUGGUUUUGUACCAGUAGAAAAAAAAGAGAAUGUGAAUUACAAAGACCCAUUUCACGAUCAGAAGUACCUAUUUCAUUGUGAAACAUGUCCUCUGUGCAAAUGAACUGAAUAUGAAUGAAAGGCUAGCUAAAGAGCCGCCAUUGCUUGAUGAUAGGUAGUAGUCCAGCAACCAGAUCCUUCUAAGUAUGCCUGAUAUACCUUGAGUCUCAAAAUACGUGUUUACAAGAUGAAUUACCACAUAGGAAGCUUAUUCACCAAGCAGACGGUUCUUAACCAAGACUUUUGUGUCAUUGCAGCAUAGUGAAGACUGCUGUCCCUUGUCAUCACUGAAACCUGGUGUAUCAUUCCAGUUUAGGAAUUUUUAAAAAGUUGUAAAUGAGGAAUAGGGGACAUGCAUUAGUUAAGCCAAGUUGAAGAAGUAGGGUUUAGGUUCUUGUGUUAAUCAUUGUUUUGUGCUAUUGAAUCAAGUUGGUGAUACGUGUGUGAUUUUUAUUUGCAUGAGCUCACUAAAGGUAUUAUGUUCAGACUCUCGCUCAACUACGAGUAAACCAGAAACAUUCAGAGAUGUUUUUAGACCCUAAUCAAUAGGUCUAGAAGAGCAAUAAGAAUCUAAACAUUCUACUGCCGGUGAAGUCCAUCGUGUCGAAGAGAUUCAGCUGAUCCAGAUAACGUGCAGCUCUCGUGUUUAGAAUAUUGGCUCCAAGGCAGAUCCUGGAGAUAGCUGACCUAUUCAUUCCACAAUACUUGGAAACCGUUUCUCCUCAAAUUAUGGUUAAAAUGAGGGGUGCAUUUCCUGUCUUCUACGGGUCCCCACUCUGACCAUUUACUCCUUGUCUGUGAAUAUUGUUUCCUAUUCCUGAAUAACAGAGGCACCCCUUUUGAUAUAGGCACUCUCAUACAGAUUUCAAAAACCUCUCCACAAAGAGCAUGAGGUCAGUAAUGUCGUUGCAGAGGUUAACAAUGCACGAUGUCUGUCUGUGAUUGGUGGCAAAUGCCCAGUGUAGCAUACUUUUUAUCUUUGUAGAUAAUAUUAUAACUUCUGAUUUGGUGCUACUGUUUAUUUAUUGAUAGAUAAAUAUGAUCAUCAGUUAUUUGCCUUAAGUAGGGUUCACAAGAGACACUCAGCCUUUCUUGAGAAGUUGUAAUGUACCUUUUUCUGUUGCUUUGUAUAGUUUGAAGAUUAACUGUCAGAAUAUCUUGGAAAGGUUAAACUUCUCCCCGGCUACCUUGUUUUGUGUAUAUUUCCUCUCGUUGAUGGGUACAACAUUCUGGUUAACGAAAGUUGUCAGUAUGGUGGUGUUUCUUGUGCAAAGAUGAAUCCUAAAUGCUCCUAGACAUUUAACCUUCUCCAGGUUUUGCACUAUCCUUAGUACAGAAGUGUUGGAACAUUAUAGUUUUGGUUAUUAUAAUCAACAGAUCCAGUUUUGGAGUGCUUAUUAUUAGCAUCAUCAGGCCCCUGACCUCUUCAAUUCCAUAUAACUGUUCAAGUAAUACAUGCUUUGGUGCCAGUGUUCAUUAUUUAAGUACGGUAUGGUGAAUUGGUGAAAAUGGCAUUCCAGUUUGUCAUUACCAGCAAACUUUUAGUCUAUUGUGACUUCUUGCAGCAAUUUUCAAAUGUUGCCAAGGACAGGUAGUGAGGUAGGUUGCAUUAGCUUUUAUCAUAUUGCUCCACACGUGGUCAUAAGAUUUUUCUUGUGUCAUAUUGGGAAUGGAGUACUACUACUUGAUUGGUAUAAUUUUUACAAUAGCAUUCUUAUUGACAGUGCUUUUGUGUGUAUGGAAGUGUGGUGGCAUUGACAGCAAUACUCAUGCCAUAACUUGUAUGAUCCCUAGAGAAUCCAUUAUGAAGAUGUACAUAAAGGAUACCUUUAAUUAGAA